GAUAAAGAAAAAAGAGGAAUCUAAGACUGUUUUAGGCAGAAAGAGGAAGAUUUGUUACUGUCUUUCAUUUCAAGUCAACGCCUAAUUAUCGAAAAUUGAAGAGCUCUAAAGUAGUCUAGAUCUGUUGAUUUUCCAUGUCCUUUCAUCUUCAUCAUCAUCUGAAAACUUGAACGCACCUGCCUUAAUUAUUCCAUCAUUCACUCUGGAUUUGUUGAUCGUAAGUGCAAACUGAUCCAUGCAAACAAGUGCCGUCAUGACCUGACAGACUUCCUUGCUACAGAUCAUAUCCAAUAUUCGUGCAAGUUUCGAGUCUUGAAGCGUAGGAUUGCAAGAAUCCCUACAGUUACGGUUGUUAGGGGGAGGAGAUCGGUGGGCAUUGAACCCAUAAUGGAAUGCAAAGGCAUGGUUGUUUUCCGACAUUGCUAUAUAGAGCGCCAUUAUAUGUUGUGAAUAUUUCUGAGUCUCAAGAGAUCAAGCUUCCACAUUUGCAAGGAACUAGGCUUUGACUGUUACUCUUCCUUUCUUGAGUUCUGCACCUCAAUAUUGCUCAAGAACGGUUCGCUGUUUCUUUGAUUGCUUGGAGGUCUGUUCACGCUUAAUAUGGCACUGGGAGAGGUUUUUCUUUCGGCGUUUCUACAGAUGCUGCUCGACAGGUUGACCCCUCGCGAGAUUCUCAACUACUUCGUAAACUUCCGGGGUGUCAGAAAGAAGCUGGAGAAGUGGAGGACCACGUUAUCUACAAUCGGAGCGGUGCUGAGUGAUGCUGAGGAAAGGCAACUGACUGAGGGUGUUGUAAAACUGUGGCUCGAUGAUCUUAGAGAUUUGGCUUAUGAUAUCGAAGACAUGUUGGACAAAUUUGCGACACAAAUAUUGAAGCGCAUGAUAGAGGGACGUGAACAAGCCAACACAAGCAACAAGAUAUGGAGAUCAUUUCAUAAAGUUAAAUUGAGGUUUGAUAUGAACUUCGAAAUGAAGAAGAUUACAGAGCGAUUGCAAGACAUAUCUGAACGGAAAGAACAGUUUGGCUUGAAAGAUACUGGGACGUCUGCUAAGGAAUCACGAAGUUUACAAAGUUCAGGCGUGUUAGAUGAAAAGCUUGUUGUUGGAAGAGAUGAUGACAAAAGGGAGAUUAUCGAAUUGUUGUCAAGAAAAUAUGAGCAUGCAGGUACUGUCAAUUUUGGUGUAGUAGCUAUAGUUGGCAUGCCCGGAGUCGGGAAGACGACACUUGCUCAACUUGUAUUCAACCACAAAGAUGAUGCCAUGAAGGAGUUCGAGCCAAAGGUGUGGGUAUCUGUGUCUGAUGACUUCGAUGUUCUGCGAGUGACAAAGGCAAUUCUUGAAUCAAUCACAUCCCGACCCGUUGAAGUCGAGGAGUUCAGUAAAAUGCAGCAUGAUUUGAGUGAGCAGUUAAGAGGAAAAAAGUUUUUAAUCGUUUUAGAUGAUAUUUGGAACAAAGGUGACUAUGAUCUAUACGAUCUCUGGACAAGACUUCAAUCCCCUUUUGGCGUCGGAGCUGGAGGAAGUAAGAUACUUGUGACAACCCGUGAUGUGAAUGUUGCAAAGUUUAUGGGAGCCGCUGGAGUCCAUAAUUUGGAGUGCAUGGGAGAUGAUGAUUGUUUGGAAAUAUUUGAGCGACAUGCAUUCGGGGAACCUAACGAUGGAAAACCAGUAAAUUAUGAGUUAAUUCGAAGAAAAAUUGUCGAAAAAUGUCGUGGAUUACCAUUAGCUGCAAGGACUCUCGGUGGCCUUUUACGUUGCAAAGAAAAAGAUGAGUGGGAAGAAAUAUUGAACAACAAAUUGUGGAAUAUAGCAGAUAAGAGUGGCAUUCUCCCCGUACUAAAAUUGAGCUAUCACUAUCUUCCAUCAAAUUUGAAGAGGUGUUUUGCCUAUUGCUCAAUACUUCCAAACGACUAUGAAUUUAGGGAGAAGCAACUCGUCCUUUUGUGGAUGGCAGAGGGUUUGAUUCAACAAAAGCCUGAAGACAAUAAACAAAUGGAGGAUUUGGGCCGCGACUACUUUCGAGAGCUAUUAUCAAGGUCGUUGUUUCAAGAAUCAAGCAAAAACAAUUCACGAUUUGUAAUGCAUGACCUCGUUAAUGAUUUAGCACAAUGGGCAGCAGGAGAAAUAUGUUCUAGGUUGGAAGAUAAGCAAGGUGAUAACUUGCAACGCACCUGCUUUCGAAGGGCUCGCCAUUCGUCUUUCAUUGCUGGUCAAUUUGAUGGAGUCAUGAGAUUUGAGGACUUUCGUAAAGUUGAACAUCUGCGAACAUUCCUGCCACUUUCGCUUUCAGAUUCCAGGUGGUGGAGUAAAUAUUUGUCUCAUAAGGUUAUUUUUGAGUUACUACCACAGUUGCAAUACUUACGAGUGCUCUCUUUGAAUGGCUACAAAAUAACUGAGCUGCCAAACUCAAUCGGUGAUUUGAGGUUGUUACAGUAUCUUGACCUUUCCUACACAGAUAUAACCAGUUUGCCUGAAUCAACAAGCACUCUUUACAGCUUGCAAACUUUGAUAUUGGAAGGUUGUUCUAAAUUGAAGUCAUUGCCUGCGAACAUGAGUAAUCUAAUUAAUUUGCGCCAUCUAAACAACUCGGAUGCAUAUUCAUUGGGAGGAAUGCCUCCACAACUGGGUAGAUUGGUGAAUCUCCAAUCAUUGUCUAAUUUUGUGGUCAGUGGUGGCAGUGAUGGAUCCAGGAUAAGGGAGAUAGAGUUCCUAUUGCAUCUCCGCGGGACAUUGUGCAUCUCAAGAUUGGAGAAUGUGAUUGAUGUCGACGAUGCUCGGAGGGCCAACUUAAAAUGCAAGGAGAGGCUUGAUUCGUUGGUCCUAGAAUGGUCUCAUUCAAGCGACACAAGAGAAAUGGAAUCUGUUGUGCUUGACAUGUUACAGCCUCAUACAAAGCUCAAGGAGCUCACCAUCAAGAGUUAUGCCGGAAAGGAAUUUUCAUCGUGGGUUGCAGUUUCUUUGUUCUCUAAUAUGGUGCUUGUGCGGUUAGAGGAGUGUAACAAUUGUUUAUCGUUGCCACCUCUCGGACAAUUGCCUCAUCUCAAAGAACUUUAUAUUAGAGGAAUGAAUGCAGUGGAAAGUGUUGGUGCUGAGUUUUAUGGAGAGUGCAUCUCGCCUUUUCCGCUAUUAGAGACUCUUGAGUUUAUGGAUAUGCAGCAUUGGAAGGAAUGGCUUCCUUUCCAACUAGAUCAUGGAAGUGGUGUUUUCCCUUGCCUGAAAACGCUCUUCGUAAAAAAAUGUUCAAAACUGGAGGGUAAGUUGCCGGAGAACCUCAAUUCUUUAGUAAAGCUUGGAAUUGUUAAAUGUGAACAAUUAGUGGUUUCAAUUGCCAACUACAAACAACUUCGUCAGUUAAACAUUGACUGUUGUAAAGUGUUGGUGCAUACAGCUGCUAAGGUUGAGUUUGAGUUGUUAGAGUCCUUGUGCCUUUCAAAUAUUUCGGAGCUGAUGUCUCUGCAAACAAGGGAAUUGUUCCAAAAGGGAUUAACCAAGGUUAGAGAUUUGAAGAUUAAUGGAUGUGAGGAGCUGAUGUCUUCAUUGAAGAAUGAGGGUAGAUUUUUGCAGCAGUUGACUUCUCUUAGCCGUUUGGAAAUUGAAGACAACUCUCUUCUAGUUGAAGAAUUGGGAAAAGAAGCAGAGGAGUUGCUGCAAUUGCAAAUACUGGAGUGCAAGCUUGAAUGUCUGGAGUUAAAGAAGUGCGACAAUCUUUUGAAGCUACCAAAAGGGUUAAAUCAGUUGUCGUCUCUUCAAGAGCUUUGCAUACACAAAUGUCCACGUCUAGUUUCUCUUCCGGAUGUUAGUCUGCCACCUUCUCUUAAAGACAUCAAGAUUACAGAGUGCCCUUCAUUGAUAUAUUUGGCAAAAUUCCAGAUUCCCCAAAAUCUCAGAAGAAUACAGAUACGAGACUGUAAAAGUUUGAAAUCACUAGUAGAUGAGGAGGUUGUUGGUUCUUCUCCGUUGUCUUCUUCUCACAUUUGUCUUGAGUACUUGAAAAUCCAGGAAUGUCAAUCUCUGACGUCGUUAUCAUUGAGCGGCCAGCUUCUUAGGACGCUUAAACACCUUGAGAUAUACGAUUGUUUACAGCUGGAGUUAAUCGAAGAGGAAGGGUUAUCCCGCUACAACACUAAUCACUGUCUUGAAUAUAUAAGGAUCUGGAAGUGCCAAAAUCUGAAAUACUUACCCAAUGGCUUAUGCCACCUCAUCAAUCUUCAGACGUUGGAUAUUUAUUACUGUGGAAGUCUUGUUUCUAUCCCCAGACUGAGUGGGGGGAGAAGAGCCUCCAACCUGAGAGAGAUCAAGAUAACUGAUUGCGACAAAUUGGAGGUGUUACCCGAAGCCAUGCACAGUCUCAACUCUCUUGAGGAAUUGACCAUCGACUACCGUGAAGGUUUGAGUUGCUUCUUUCCCGCCAACCUCACAUCACUUACAAUUUCGAAGGUCAAGAGCUGUAAGUCAUUGUGGGGGUUGGAGUGGGGAUUGCACAGACUCACCUCUCUUAGAAAAUUGUGGAUCUACGGCAAUGACCCGGAUAUGGUAUCGUUUCCACCCGACGUGGUCCAGACGGAUACGCUUCUCCCCAAAUCUCUCACUGAACUAUUAAUUUGUGGUUUCCCGAAUCUGAUGAAACUUAGCAAGGGCUUUCAAUCCCUAACGUCUCUUCAAUCUCUGCAUCUCUCCAGUUGUCCACAGCUAGCAUCCAUUCCAGAAGAGGGUCUUCCUCCUUCACUUACACAACUUCUCAUCUCUGGGUGUGUUGUGCUAGAAGAGAGAUGCGAACGAGGAAAAGGACGCUACUGGCACAAAAUAUCCCACAUCCCUUACAUAGCGUAGAGAGAUUUUAAGAUGAUGUGAAGCUGAUGGUCGAUUCAAUCCCAGUCUCCAGGUCCAGAUUUUGGGGUUUCAGGACUGACUGUUUGGGAGGCAUUCGUUUGGGAUUUGGCUGACAAACUACAGUAGGGCUGGUUUUGUGUUUGCAUUGAAAGCAAUUCUUUGAAGACAACCAUGCCUGUUUCUAGGCCAAGGUUUCUUCUCCUGCGCUGCUCGCAACUCUAGUGUAUGAGCUCUCCGGAUUUGUAAUAUAACUGUGGUACUCUUUUCUAAGUUGGAGUUUUUCCCACUGGGUAUUCUCCGAUCAAGAUUUUAACGAGGCCACUUAAACCUAAACUUUUGUAAUUCCUCCCUAUGAUGGAUGUUUAUGGGAUCACCGUUUUCCUA